AUGUUUGCAAGUUCAGAUAAUUUAUACAAAACUUUCCAAAGACCAGACAACUAUUUCAGGAAAAACUCAAAUGAUUCAAAACUAGCCUCAUCGUCACUAUCCUCGCUCUCUUCUUCAAACUCAAUUAUCGAUUUGAAAGGAGAUUUACUACCUGAUUUAUGGCAAACUUCAUCUAAUGAAUCGUGUGUUUCAGACACGUUUGACACUUUUACCUUGAAAAACACCUUUCCAACUUUUAACCUUAACUCACAGUCAAACUCACAGUCCCAUUCACAGUGUCAUUCCCCAUGCCAAUUGCAGGAUAAUCACCUCCAUAUUCAUCAAUUGCAAUCUUCCCAUUUAAAUUUACAUACAUAUGGAAAUAUGAAAACCGCGUUGCUACCAUGUGUCCAACACCAACACCAACACCAACACCAACACCAACACCAGCAACAGCAACAGCUAUCCUCAUCUCAUCAAGAACAAACAAUUAUUGGAAGAAACUCUCCACAACUAUGGCGUCAAGUAUCCUUUAAUCAGCAACAUACAAAUUAUAGUACUCAAAAAUCCUGGAACAAUAAUAACAACAUAUUACACUCGCCACCACCGCCACCACCACCAUCACAUCAACACCAACAAGCUUCAUUGCUUCAGCCAGAAGGUGUUUUUAACAAUGCGCAUAACCUAGUGGAUAGGGAAUUGGAGGCGUAUAAAGCGUCUGAAGACCUUGUUAAUUCGCAACAGAUUUAUUUAUUGGAUGAAGAUGUACAAUUGUUGAAUUCGGAAACUCAACAGCUGCAGCAACAACGCCAUAAUCAGCAUCACCACCAUCAUCACCACCACCACCACCACCAUCAGCAGAAACUCUUUUCCGCCACAGAGCAGACAUAUACAUUCACUUCACCCGAAUUGAAUACUACAAUUACUCAAAAGGAUUUGGUCAAGGCUGAACAAGCCCCAUUCCAAAGUAAGUCCACAGUCAAUACGCAGCUUUACAAAACAGAGUUAUGUGCACCAUUUAUGAAAACAGGUGUUUGUACAUAUGGUGCAAAGUGCCAAUUUGCUCAUGGGGAACAUGAAUUGAAACACGUUGAAAGACCUCCCAAGUGGAGAUCAAAACCAUGUUCAAAUUGGGCAAAAUAUGGGAGUUGUCGCUACAAUGUUUUCUCAGAGCUACAAUGUUUUCUCGGAGCUACAAUGUUAGCUGGGUUUGAUGGUGUUUCUAUCUCGCUCUGCUCGAUAGAAACAGUGUUAUCUGGGUUUGAUGGUGUUUCUAUCUCGCUCUGCUCGAUAGAAACAGUGUUAUCUGGGUUUGAUGGUGUUUCUAUCUCGCUCUGCUCGAUAGAAACAGUGUUAUCUGGGUUUGAUGGUGUUUCUAUCUCGCUCUGCUCGAUAGAAACAGUGUUAUCUGGGUUUGAUGGUGUUUCUAUCUCGCUCUGCUCGAUAGAAACAGUGUUAUCUGGGUUUGAUGGUGUUUCUAUCUCGCUCUGCUCGAUAGAAACAGUGAUUCAGAGUUACUACAGUGAUCAACUUUCUACAGCCUCAGAAUAA